AUGUCCUCCAGCAACAAGCCGCUCAGAAACAAGCUCGUGGUCUCUCUCCUAUUCACCAAGAAUUCGGGGAGGAAUGUGGGUCGAGGCGCCAAGGAUCGCAACUCGCUUCGUCUACGUGUCAUAGACGAGGCGAUCCGCAACAUUUUCCGGUGUUAUCAAUGGGUUGUGAUGGACCGUCUCCCCUUGAGCCUCGUCGAGCGGAAAAUGAUGAGGAAGAACGCGUCGCUCACCCCAAUUGCCAAGAAAACUCUGAAAAGGUACCUGAUGCGCAUAUUCAAGUCUGUCGAGGCUAGGGUUGCUGAAGAGCUACCGGCCACGUUCGGUAUCGUCCUCGACGGAUGA